AUGGUGCAGUUUCUUCUCUCGAAUCCGAAUUCAAAUGGGGAUUUUGAUGGAGAUAGUGAAUUGGGGGAGAGGUGGGUUUCACUCUUGAAUCAGUUAGGUUCUGUUCUUUGGUCAUCGAUGACAGCUUCAGGUCGAUCAGAAGCUCGUUUAUUGCUGUGCAACACAAUUGGAGGCAUUGAAUCGAUAACUCCCAGCCAGCAGCCAGAUAUCUUCGUGAAACUACUGAGAACCAAGCCUACAUAG